CCGCUCCCCGUAUAUAGCCGUGACCGGCGGGGCCUGGACAGAGCGCGCCUGAUUGAUGUGGGGAACGGCAGCCACAAUGAGGAACCCUGGAGCACGCCCGUCACCCUCCCUCUUGGUGGCACUUCUUCUCCUGCUGAUCCCUGAAGCUCUCUGCGUACAGAUUAUCGGAGGGGACGAAGUGACUCCUCAUUCGAGACCCUACAUGGCGCUGAUUAAGGGGGUGAACGGCAGCACCUGCGGCGGGGCUCUGAUCGAAGACAGAUGGGUACUGACCGCCGCUCACUGCCUCCUGAACAAAAGGUCCAGAGUCAUUCUCGGGGCUCACUCGAGAACCGCCCAUGAGCCAGAGAAGCAGAUCAUGUCCGUGAAGAAAGCGUUUCCCUACCCAUGCUACGACGAGCACACACACGAGGGCGACCUCCAGCUGGUCCAGCUGCAGAAAAAAGCAAAAAUUACUAAGAAUGUGGCCAUCCUUAAUCUCCCUAAGAGGGGGAGUGAUGUCAAACCAGGAACCGGCUGCCAAGUUGCAGGAUGGGGGGUGAUAAACAAUCAGCGGCACAUGCCCAAUGGCCUGAGAGAAGUCAAUGUCACGGUCAUUGACAGGAAGACCUGCAAUGACCCACACCACUACGACUACCACCCCGUGAUCGGGCUGAACAUGCUCUGCGCCGGGAGCCCCAAAGGAGGAAAAGACUCGUGCAACGGAGACUCGGGGGGCCCUCUGAUCUGCGAGGGGACCCUCAGAGGCAUCACCUCCUUCGGCAAGGCAGGCAGGUGCGGAGACCCCCGCUGGCCUGGCGUGUACGUGCUGCUGUCCCAGAAGUACCUCACCUGGAUCGUCCGCACCAUGAAGGGGGCGGCUUAGGUCCACGCGUGUGGCUUCAUCUGCUGUCACGUCUUAAUCUCGUCCUAAAUAAAGUCAGUGUGCAUGGC